AUGAGUAUCCAUGUAUUUCUAAUACCCAGUGUCUUGUGUAGUGAAGAUCUUCGACAGAACGUAUCCGCCACAUUAGACAACCUUCUGCAAUUUUACGACAGCAACCUAAGGCCGGGAUACGGCGGGUCGCCAACAAUCAUUAAGACUGAUAUCUACAUUCGUAGCAUGGGGCCUAUAUCUGAGGUUGAAAUGACAUACUCAAUGGACUGCUACUUCAGACAGACAUGGCUGGACGAACGUCUGGCGUUUAACAGCCCCAACCUGUCCACUCUAGCUGUCCACUAUAGCUUGCUGGAGAAAAUAUGGACCCCCGAUACCGUCAUAUACAACGGUCUCAAGUCCCACGCGCACACCAUUACGACCCCUAAUAAAUUUCUGAGAAUUUGCCAAGACGGGACGAUAUAUUACUCGAUGCGGCUGACUAUCAAGACAUCUUGUCCCAUGGCUCUGCAGUACUUCCCACUGGACUAUCAAAUCUGCCCUCUGGUCAUUGGCAGCGACGCCUACACCGAUCGUGAAACUGUGUAUGAAUGGAAACAGGCAAACGCAUCAUCCAUCACUAUAGACCCGGGGGUGAAACUGUCCCAGUUCAACCUCAUAGGACACCCCCACACCAACUACACGCUACAAUGGCCAAGCAAAGGAAGCCUCAAGGUUUUAGAGGUGAAGUUCCAAUUUCGGCGCAACAUGGGUUACUUCCUGUUGCAGGUGUACGUUCCGUGCAGCCUGGUGGUGGUGCUGUCCUUCGUGUCUUUCUGGAUCAACAGAGAGGCAACAGCAGACAGGGUAGGACUAGGAAUAACAACAGUCCUGACACUAACUACAAUGUUUAUGGAAAACAAGAUGGAUCUCCCAAAGACCAGUACGUCGACUGCUUUAGACUGGUUUUUCAUCAUGUGUUUUACCUACAUCAUUGCCACCAUGUUGGAAUUUGCCGCCGUCCAUUACUUUACGAAGAUUGGCAGUGGAGAGGUGGACGUAACGUGGGCGGAGGAUGAAGAGGAGGAAGAAGAGAAAUCUUUCAAACAACAGAAUGAAAGGGUCAAAGUAGAAUAUCUGUCAGGUGUCAAAAACAGGUUUUCAAAGCGAGAACCCCGUGAAUCUGGAUCCCCUGGCUGCUUCUCUAGCAAAAAAGCACGUCAUAGAAAACACCGCUUCACUCAGCCUCACAGAACGCUAAUUCAGCAUCGCAUUCAUAACGUGAUGCAAAAGUCAGAGGAACAUGGUUGCUUACUGUGUUUGCGCUGUCUCCGUGGUGACUCUAAGUACCGGAAGUUGCUUACCAUGCGCGGUAGCCCGGAUGGGAUCAACAGUGUGAGCCGUAUAGACAAAGUGUCCAGGAUAGUCUUCCCGCUGACUUUCACCAUACUGAACGUAUUGUAUUGGCACACCUGUUCUUCACAAAAGUUUGAGAUGCCAAUUUGA